AUGGAAGGAAUGACCUCAGAAGACAGAAAUACCUCCCAGCCCGUGAGUGACUUCAUCCUCUUGGGCUUCCCUUGCAGCAGGGAAAUACAGAUCUUCCUUUUCUCCAUAUUCUUGGUGACUUACAUCCUGACUCUGCUUGGAAACAUGGCCAUCGUGUGUGCUGUGCGCUGGGACCACCAACUCCAUACCCCCAUGUAUAUUCUGCUGGCCAACUUCUCCUUCCUGGAGAUCUGCUACGUCAACUCUGAUGUGCCAAACAUGCUGGUCAACUUCCUCUCCAGGACCAAAACCAUCUCCUUCACUCAAUGCCUUCUGCAGUUGUACUUCUUCUUCUCUCUGGGCACAACUGAGUGCCUAUUUCUCUCCAUCAUGGCCUAUGACCGGUUCCUGGCAAUUUGCCGCCCCCUGCACUACCCCACCAUAAUGACUACUAAGUUCUGUAGCAUCCUGGUCAUCUUUUGCUGGGUUUAUGGUUUCCUUUGGUUUCUUAUUCCAGUGAUAUUCAUCACCCAACUGCCAUUUUGUGGCCCAAAUGUGAUUGAUGACUUUCUGUGUGAUCUCAGUCCCCUGCUGGCCCUGGCUGCAGCCUGUGUUCCAAUUCCAGGGACAGUACUCAUAUGUGGCACCAUGAGCUCCCUUCUCAUCUUUGCCACCUUUUUCUACAUUAUUGGCUCCUAUACCCUGGUACUGAGGGCAGUGAUGCAGGUGCCCUCUGCCACUAGCCGGAAGAAAGCUUUCUCCACCUGCUCCUCACACCUAGCUGUCGUGUUUCUCUUCUAUGGUUCAGUCAUGAUAACAUACGUGAGCCCAGGGUCAGGACAAGCCAAGGGCAUGCAGAAGUUCACAACUUUAUUCUACUCAGUUUUAACCCCUUUCUUCAACCCUAUGAUCUACAGUCUCCGGAAUAAAGAAAUGAAGGAUGCCCUGAAAAAAGUUUUAGGAGGUUCCUAA